AUGUUGACCUCCGACGACGAAGGCUGCAUGUCCAGCCAGGCGCCUCUGAUGGACCUACGCAACCAGGCUGAGCUGCGGCGCAUCUACCACAAGAUCGACCGCGUCAUCCUGCCCCUCAUGUUCAUGUGCUACUUCCUCGAGUUCCUCGACAAGAUCCUCAUCGGCUACGCCAACGUCAUGGGGCUGGAGCGCGACCUCGACCUCGCGCCGGGCCAGUUCCAGUGGCUCGCCACCAUCCUCUACGUCGGCAUGGCCGUCGGCCAGCUGCCGCAGGCGGCGCUGCUGCAGCGGCUGCCGGUCAGCAAGGUCCUCGGCGCCAACGUGGCGCUCUGGGGCGCGAUGGUGUGCGGCAUGGCCGGCGCGCGCGGGUUCGCCGGGCUCGCGGCGCUGCGAGCGCUGCUCGGCGCGCUCGAGGCGGUGGUGGCGCCGGCGCUGAUCAUGGUGACGACGCAGUGGUACACGAAAAGACAAGCGGUGCCGCGCAUGGGCCUCUGGUACAGCGGCAUCGGCGUCGGGCAGAUCGUCGGCGGGCUGGUGUCGUGGGCGGCCCAGCACGCGCCGGCGCACGCCUCCUCCUCCAGCUGGCGCAUCAUGUUCGGGGCGGCCGGCGCCCUCAACGUGAUUACGGGUGUCGCCGUCUUCGUCUUCCUCCCGACGGGCGUGGAGGCGGCGCGGUUCUUGUCGGAGCGCGAGAGGAGGACGGUGCGCGAGGCGCUGCUGGCGGACCAGGCGGGCAACGGCAAGAAGGUGUUCCGGUGGUCGGGCGUGCGCGAGGCGCUGACGGACCUGCAGGUGCUGCUGUUCGUGCUCUUCACGCUGGCGACGGUGACGCCCGGCGGCUUCAUCACCUCCUUCUCGGCGGUGGUCAUCCGCGGGCUCGGCUUCACGCCGCGCCAGGCCGCGCUGCUCAACAUGCCCUCCGGCGCGGUGACCAUUAUUGGGACCGCCGCCUCCACCCUUGCCAUCCUGCACGACUUCCCUCGCUGGCUGGGCAUCGUGCUGCUGUUGAUCCCCAGCAUGCUCGGCGCCGGGCUCAUGUCGUUUGCCACCUCGUCGCGCGCGGCGGCGCUGACGGGCGUCUACCUGGUCAACCUGGACAUCGCGCCCCUCGUGUUGGUGUUCAGCAUGGUCGGGGCCAACGUGCAGGGGUACACGAAAAAGGUGGUGGUGACGGGGCUGGUGUCGCUGGCGAACGCCUGCGCGAGCAUCGUGGGGCCGCAGACGUUCCGGCCGGGGGACGCGCCGGGGUACGUGCCGGCCAAGGUAACGGUGUUUUGCGUGACGGGGGUCGGAAUCGUUUUGGCGGUGUUGUUGCGGGUGCUGUACGGGAGGAGGAACGGGAGGAACGCGGCGGCGAGGAGGGCGGCGAUGGAGGCGAUUGCGCGGGGGGAGGCGGAGGCUGCAGAGGUACUGAACGAGGAGGAGACGGAUCUGAAGAAUGACAAGUUUGUGUACAUGUAUUAG